CAGAGCGCGGUGGCAGAGAGCGGCAGCGGCCCGUCGUGGCGCACCAGAACCGAAACCAGCGGCCGCCGCACCGCCACCUGAGCCACCUCCUGCGCCGGAUCCAGCGAGCGGCGCCCGCCGCCGCCGAACCAGGCCCUCCUCCCUCUCACCUCACCUCCUGCGCCCAGUCAGGUCGCCGGCCUCGCCCGCCGCCCCGAGGAGAAAAGCGCUCCGCGUGCCGACCGCCCCUCGGGGCGCCGGGCGGUGGCCCUGGACGUGCGGGGGCCCCAGUGGGCCGGCCGCGGCGCCUCGGCCCUGCCCUCUCGCUCCUCCGCUCGCUCCCGCCCUCCCGGCGCUCGGGGCCCUACGCGCGGGCCCGGCCCGGGGCAGGGCGGACAUGGGCGCCAAGCAGAGCGGCCCGGCCGCCGCUAACGGCCGUACCCGUGCGUACUCAGGCUCGGAUCUACCUUCCAGCAGCAGCGGAGGGGCCAAUGGGACCGCGGGCAGCGGCGGCGGGGCUCGGGAGGCGGCCGCGGGCAGGUUUCCGGCUCAGGUGCCUAGUGCACAUCAGCCCAGCGCUUCGGGCGGCGCAGCGGCGGCCUCGGCGGCCCCGGCAGCCCCGCGCAGCCGCUCCCUCGGCGGGGCCGUGGGGAGCGUGGCGUCGGGGGCCCGAGCCGCGCAGUCCUCCUUCAGCAUCCCCAACAGCAGCAGCGGUCCGUACGGCUCGCAGGACUCGGUGCACAGCAGCCCCGAGGACGGCGGCGGCGGCGGCGGCGGCAGGGACCGGCCGGCGGGCGGGGGCCCCGGCGGACCGCGCCUGGUGAUCGGCUCCCUCCCAGCUCACCUCUCGCCGCACAUGUUUGGAGGAUUUAAGUGCCCUGUAUGCUCAAAAUUUGUACCCUCUGAUGAAAUGGAUUUGCACCUUGUGAUGUGUUUAACAAAGCCAAGAAUAACCUAUAAUGAGGAUGUACUGAGUAAAGAUGCUGGGGAAUGUGCAAUAUGUCUUGAAGAAUUGCAGCAGGGAGAUACUAUAGCACGACUGCCUUGCCUAUGCAUAUAUCAUAAAAGCUGCAUAGAUGAAUGGUUUGAAGUAAAUAGAUCUUGUCCUGAGCACCCUUCAGAUUAAGCAUCAGAUUCCUGUUUUAUAGGUUUUCUUGUCUUUUCAAGAUGCUUGAAAAAUCUAGAGGAUUUGAGGAUCUGUCUCUGGAAAAAAAAAAGAAUGCAGGCUUACUCAGCCAGAAAUCUGGGUUCUGUGAGACUUGGUAAUACAGAGAUGGACAAUCACACAAGAAAAAAGAAAAAACAUCCUGCUGAAGAGAGGACAGUAACCACAGAACUCAGUGUACCAAACUUGCAUAUAAGGGACACACAGGGAUUUUGAAAAUGCUGCACAUCCCUUAAUAGUCAUCUACAUAGGUAAUACUGAUGAACAUUUUGUAUUCAGACGCCAAAGUUAACUGAUUUAAAAGUUGAUUUACUUUUUAUUCAGUUCUCUAGAGCUACGCAACUAGCUGUGUUUUGAUUUGUUUUGUUUUGUUUCUUUAGUUUGGGGUCUCUCUUAUUUCCCCCAACAUAAUGUUUCUGCAUUCACUUAUUCUUAAAUUGAAAAACCAUAUAAGUUACUUCUCAUGAAGUCUUAAAUGUGAAACCAAGAAAUGUAAUCAAGCAGUAAAACAUUCUCUGAAUGUAGACCAUGAUCUCAAGUUCUUCCAUUUUUUCCCCCAAGUGUGGAAAACUAAUUUCUACAUAGGAAAACUAAAAUAUGUUUGUUUUUAAAUUAAAGGUUUAAUAUUAUCAGAAUGCUGCCCAAAGAAUAAAUCAAGUUACAUAAUUACAUUUUAAUUAAAUAAAUGUAGAAAUUGUCUACUGAAUUGUAGUUUAUGAAAUAUAUUGUUUCCUCUUAAAUAAAACUGCUCAACAUUUAAUCAGCAAUCAUCUUGCAGCUAUGCAACUUUUAAAAUAAUAUAAAUUAUUCAUUUUAAGUGCUGCCAGCUAUAUAAUAACUUUGUUUUAACGGGUAUUUUUUUCUUUUUUCAUGUAAUUAUUUUAUUGUACUUUGCAUCUCCAGGCAGUUUUCCCACAUUUGGGUAACAUGUGUAGCAGAGCAUAAGCCUAAAAUUUAUGAAAAGAGUAAAACAGAAAUUUCUGAAGUGGAAGUUGGAAUAAUUUGAGGGGUAUUUUAUAUACCUUUAAACAUCAGGAUUUAAAAUUGGGAUGUCAGGUUUAUAGCAAUUCACACCUUUAAUUUUCCAGAUAAUCUGGAAGUUAACAUUUGAUAAAUGAUUUUUUAAAGCAAAGCAAAUACAAAGAUUUUGUUAAUUUAUAAUUUAUUAAUGUGUUACUACUCUUAUUGAAAAUGUUAGAGACUUUUAAAUUGAGCCUUGUGUAGAAAAAAAAUGUAUUAAGCAAAAUUAUGUGAAUAAAUAUUCCCCCAAAAUAUAUCUGAAUGGUUAAAAAUACUGGAAGAGAGCUAUCAGGGCUACAAUAGUGAAUGUCUUUAAAAUAUAUAAGUAGAUUUUGCAUUUUCAACAUAGGGAAAAUGUUAUCAGUAAAUAUUUAGGCAGUGCACUUUACUUAGUUUAAUUGAGAGUUGCACAAUACUGUUUCCUUAUUUUAAGCUCUCUUUAAUGUAUUUAAGUAUUUGCUUUUAAAUUUAACACUGCUGCUCUUAUUUUCCUUUAGUUUGUUUCCCUACUCUAUUGCUUCUGUUUCAUACUUUAUAAAAGGGCAAUUACAGGAGCAACUGCUGCUACCCAGAAAAAUUUGUGUAUUAUGAAUAAUUAAAAUAAUUUUUAAUUGCUUUUUGUAUGAUUUCAAACUAGAUAACAUUUUCCCUCAAGUUAUGCUGUGAAAAAUGCCAUUUGUUAUGCUGCAAUUGCUAAAAAGAAUCCAAAACCUCCAUUGUGUCAGCCAACAGCACAGUUUCAUAGGUGCUUUUUUUAGUAGUUGUAGAAAAUUAUUUUCCCUCAAGGGAAACAUUCUUAACUUUUUUUCAUAAAAUCUUAGUUUGAAUUUAUUUCACAUUUUCAAUUGUGUAAGCUUUUGCAUCCUCCCCUCAUGUACUCCCCCAAGGAAAGCCUCUUAGACUGUGAAUAAUUAAUUUGUUUUCUACUACUGGUAUAUUGUGAUAAGAAUUACUUUGUUGUCUUCCAUUCUUAAGAGAUUUAUUAUAGCUGUGGUAAUUAAUUGUUUAUAUUCUGGAAGUUGAUUUUCUGAUAUAGCUUACUUGUAAACUUUACUUUUUGAACUGUACCGGCUUAAGUUCACUUUUCCUUGUUUACCUUGUCCCAUAUUCUCAGUCUUAAUAAUUUAGCCUAUGUCUAUCAUAAGGCUCUGUGCUGCAGCUGCUACAAUUGAAGCUCCUGGGAUUUUAAAGAAAGUUUAGUGUUUGUCAGUGUCGAUGCUACUUGAUUAUUAAUAUUUGUAUAGAAAUUUUUACUGAAAUCUGUUUAAAACAACCCCUUUUGUUAGCAUUUACAAAGUUAUUAUUUUUAUUUUAAAUUCAAUCUCUAAUGACUUCUUAGAAUGAAGAAUUUAGGGAAAAGGAGGCGGUGGGGGGAGGGGUAAGCUCAAAUGCUCCAGUUUUUAUUCAAAAUCAAAGUCAUUAUUCUGGAAAAUACUAUAAGUGUUGGUCUAUAAUGUCUCUUAUAAUAUUUGCAGUCUGUAUGCAAACACUGAAUAGUAUAAGUGGGACAUAAAAUUAUGUUGGAUAUUUAAAUAUUCAGCUGAAACUACUGAACACUAAAUAUUAUGGAAAUUAAAAGCCUGGAUUAUCAAGUUGGUUUAUAGCUUUCUAGAAGAAUCUUUGUAAGUACUCAUCUUUAAAUAAGGUUACAUGUGCAUAUAUAGAAAGCAAUAUGUUUUUAAAUUUCACUUUAGUGCCACUUUUUGUCCAUAAUGGAUUUAUUGCCAAUUUGACAUACUACUUUGAUCCAUCUUUUUUUUUCUGUUUGCCGGAAUGUUUAAUAUCUGACUCUUUACCAGAGAAAUAGUAGACUAACUAUAGUCUUCAUGUUUUGCAGAUUUAGUUACAAGUCAUAUUAUAUAUUGUUUUAAGAGCCAUGUUUAAGAUUGAAAUAUAAACAAUUGUUUCUAUAACUGAUUUUUGGUGAUAAAAGAAACAUUGAAAAGUCAUUUUGUUAACUGCUGCAUAAUAUAUAGGUUUUGGUUUCUUAAGUGCAAAUCUUAUAUUUCUUUUAAAUGUUGUAUGAUUAUUUCAGUUUUUACCCUCUAGAAUGUAGCCCCAAAAUGAUGAGGACCACCUUAGCAUAUCUGCAGUAUAUAUUAGAUUUCAUUUUCAAUGAGUUAAUGAAAAUGGAAGAAUUCUUUUCAAAGCUUAUUUGACUCAUGGCUGUGUUUCUAAGUAAGGGUAUGGUGAAGUUUAAGGGCAAUCAUUUAAAUAUUAUAGCAAGUCAUAGGGUUAUUCCUUUAAGUGAAAAAUACUGUAAAUUCAAUGUAAAUAUUAUCUACUUUUAUGUACUGACUUGGAGAGUGGAAGAUGGGAAUUUUCUCAACAGUAAGCUACAUUUGAACAAAGCAUGAAACUUUUUUAAAAUUCAAGAAUAGUUGGAUUUAUCACCUAAUUUAUACCCACACUAUGCAUUGGUAAUAAUAUCCAAAUUAUCUUAUUCUUUCACAGAGGAAGUUUCCAUUUAAAUCAGAGUGUUGGAAACUGUGUAAAACUACUUAGGGGUAAAUGGUGCUUAUUAAAUAUAAGUACAAUUUGUUAGUUGCUAGAAGUCUUCUAGUUCAUUUGGGCCAUUUUCUUGCAAUUUUGAUUUAUCCUGAAGUAAACUCAGUAUAUAGUAAUAAUGAGUAAUUCAACUUGAAGUGUCAUUUGUUCACUGUACCUUGUUAUUAUACAGGUAUUUUCUUAGUUUAAAACAAAAACAAAAAAACUAGCAUGUCUGUGCUUUGUUUUUGGCCCAUUCUCCUAUUUUUCCUGAGGUACGUAACUUCCGAUAUAUAUAUUUUUUGCAAUGUUGUAAAUAACAGUGAUUAUAUUAUUCAUUUUACUAUCUACUGUCUUUCCUUCUUUACCCAGAUCUUUUCAUUGUAAAACUGAGUUGCCACUUGGUUUUUUUUCAAAGGAAAGUGCUACUUGGUGUACUACAAGUAGUGAUUCAUAUUCAGGAACAGCUGGUAAAACUUUUUUGGUAAUAACUUCCCAAACAAUACUUUAGUGCCAUAUUCUGUGAAUGCUGUGCUUAAGCUAGGAAACAGAAUGUUUUUUCAAUCACCCGAUUCCUGUAUUAAAUGGGAAAUACCUGGACUCCUAAGUUAACUGAUUUUCUGUGGACAGUAAAAGGCUUUGACAAAACCAGGUGUAUUUAAUUAUUUAGUUUUAGCUGAAAAUGCAAUGUUACUGUACUGAGCGGAAUUGUUUGAUUUUCAGUUAUUUAAGCCAUUAUUAAUUUUAGACCAAUGGCUAAUAAUGAGAUAGAUUUUUGUUCAUAGAGAGAGAACAGCAUGACAUGAAGUAACAUUUCAGAAAUAAAUGGAAGCAUUUUAAGUGAUACUGUAGUAACUUUUAACCACACUAUAUUUCUUAGCUCUGCCCUUGACAGUGAGGUGUACCUGUCACGGACACUGCCUCUUGGCAUCAGAAGUGACUGAGUUCUUCUGUAAUUAAAUGUUCAUGCUUUCCUUUUCCGAUUUGGUAUGUUGAAAUUGGUGAGCACUGAUCAUUUGUUUGAUAAACUUACAGUGCUGCCUUGUAUCCUGUUAUUAGUAAACUUGGUACCAGUAUUUUGAAAAUGUUUCAUUAUUAUUCGAUUUUGAGUAUUUGGGUGCAUAUAAUAGAGUUAGCAUACUCUAGAGGGAGAUACAAAAAGUACAUUGGAAUUUGAUGAUGAUUCUGAUUAUCACUUCAUUACAUUUCUUUCCAGUGACUCUUUAUGUGAGUUUCAUUGUUUGAAAAUCAUGGUAAUGAUAGGAAUUUAUUUACCUCUGUUGUUUUAUUGCUUUAUCCAUGGUUUCCACAACUCUUUUGUAAUACCUCUUAAUUUCCUCUAUUUGAAAGUAUUUUUCUGUUAAAUAAGUUACAAAAAGUACCAGUCACAACAAAUAGAGAAAAUGUAUUAGGAACAACUUGUAUUAGUGUGUUCUAAACUAAAAUGGAACAAUUCAUUAUUGAUAUUUUAAUAAAUAAACUUCCAAAUGAUCUUGCUAAAUUAUCCCAUUAUUUAGAAGUGAAAAAAAUAAUGCUUUUAAGGAAAAUCGUCAUAUUUCCUUUGUCCAUAAGUUGACAGUAUAUUAUAAUAAAACUGAGAAAUAUCUGAAUGCUGAAAAGUUACCAUGAAUUAAUUGAUGUUAUUGCUUCUUUAAUUUUGUAUAUCCAUUAUCACAAAAUUGACCCCAAAAUUACUACUUAAAAUUCUGUAACAGCUUAAGAAAUUAUUGUAGUGUCGAUGGACAAAGAGAUUUUUCUUCAUUAUUUAAGUGAAGAUAUACUUUGAAAUUUCUAAUGUAAAACCUACCUGUAAAUUUUAUAAUUGAAAUAUGAUUGGAGAGCUGUUAAGUUUUGAGGAGGGAUGCUCUGCUAGUAUACAAUCAUAGCUUUUAAAAGUUGUAGUUAGUAGCAUUCUGCUGUGUUUUAGAAGAAUAAUAAAUCUUUGGAAGCAUAGUUUUCAUGAUAUCAGAGUUACUGAAUUUUGUGGCAUAGUAAUUAAGAACCUGAGUUCUAGAGCCAGAUGGCUGGACAUUGAGCAAGAUAAUUUCUCUUAUCCUCACUUUUUUCUGUUAAAAAAAAGUAAUAUCAAUUCCUAUAUAAGGAUUAUUUUAUUAAGUGGGAAGGUACAUAUAUGUAAGAUCAGGCACAUAGUAAGCUCUUAAUAAUAUUUGUGGCUAAUACAAACAAAAAUUCUGUGCCCUUCUAUGAAUAAGUUUUUGUUAUUCUGUCCAGUCAUGAAGUGUGAUAGUAAUAUCUUAAGACCUUAAUUGAUGUGUUUAAAGAAGCUAUUAAUAGAGAACUUUAUGGGUUCUUAUUUCCAUGCUCAUAAAAUCUAGUGACUAUUGUCUCAAUAACCAAAAAUUAAGCAUUAUACAAUUUGUGCAUGGCUAGGACCAAGAAUACAGAAAUGAAAGAUGGCUGCCCUCAAGGAACUUAUUUUAUAGUGGGUGAAGCCAAGAAAUAAUCAAGCAUGUAAGGAGAGUGAUGAAUGCUGGCAGAGGUAAACACAAGCUGUUGUGAAGAUACAAAAGAGUUAUUAAACUCAGACUAGACGAGAAUGGUAAGUCUUCAAGAACAAAUAGAUCAUACCUCUAAGGAACUUGGAUAAAGGAAUAUGCCAAUUGUGAAGUUUGGGGAUGGUGUUCUUAAGGCAGAAAACAGCACAUAUCCAAGAUGGAGAAAAGCAUGAGAGUCUUCAAGACUUACUCUGUCUAGAGAGGUAAGCAAAUAAAAAAUCUUGCAGAGAUAUGUACACAAAAUUAUGAUUUUCGGAAGGAAAAAGACAAUCAUACAUUUCAGAUUAGACAGAUGGGAUUAGAGGCAGAGAGAAGUGUUAGGAAAUUUAUAAUAAUUCAGAUAAAAUGAUAAAAGCUCUAGAUUAUGAUUCCCAACCCAUUUUAAUGCACCUGAUACAAUUUCAUUGAAAUAGUCACACAAUUGAAAACUUGAAACUUAGAGAGUGGAAUUGACUCAUUUUAGAAGUCAUUUGCAUAUAAGGAAAUGAGAGACAAGCCCAGGAGUAUAACUUCUAGUAUUCUUUUUACAUCUUGAAAGGUUGAAUCUCUACCUGGCAAAAGUGGAUUAUGCCAGUGUAUCUGUUGGGGAAUCGGAAAUAAGGAACACUAAUUCUAAACUGAAGGAAAUAAAUUUUAAGUGGGAGGCAGAGCCUCAAGAGAGAAGCCAGACAUGAAUAUUUGGCAAGUUGUGAGAAAGCAGGAAGUGUGAUAAAUGCAUGUGUAGUCUUUUAUGGUUCAGGAGGUGUGUAGAUACAAAUAUUGCCAACCCUGUUAGCAGUAAUUGUGUAAUUGGGGUACACAAAACUAGUUGAACAAUGUCUAGCUUGGUGGAGUGGAACCUUUCCUAGAAUUCCUCUCUGCCCCUAGCUUCAGAUGCCUGUCGGAAUAGGACCAUGCUUUCCCAGAGUUGCUUAAUGAAAUACUUAGAUGCACUCACUCAUUCUUGAGGUGUUUGUCUUUGGUUCAUUUAUCCUGCACUUUUAUGUAUUUUCUCAGCAAAAAAGAACUACUGUUGGAAGUAGGGUCUUAUAGAAAUAGAUAUAUGGAAAAGAUAGAUCCUGCCCUACUGAUAGAAGUUGCUGUUUUGGAUAGGUUGGGUUAGGCUAAGUAGUAGGAGGGACCAGAAGAAAUUUAACCCUUUUUAGAAAGCUGUGAUUUGCUGCCACCCACAUCAUGAUCCUUCUUAUUUCGUGAAAGAAAGGAAUGACAACUGGUUGAUUGACGUUUAGUUCUUGGAGGAACAGCAACCUUGGGAUAGCUUUGUGGCUCAAGGAAGCAACUCUCCCCACAGAUUAUUCAGUCAAAUACAUCAUGGCCAUGGGAACACCAAUAUAAGUUUUUACAAAAUUUCUCCAGAUUGUUUCAGAGGUUCUCUUGCCAGAUAUCCUAUGACUUCAGGACAGCAAGGCCUAAAAUGUUAAAACCUCUGUUUUUGUAAAUAUUACAUGAUUUAGAUUUGAUUCCCACAUAAAAUGCUUUUAAAAUUACUUUUCUGAAGUAUCUUAGUGAUGCUAUAAUUAUAAAAGUUUUAGAAUUCUGCCAUAUAGUGCCUUAUUCCUGUGGUAACAUUUUCUAUGAACUUUUGAAUUCACUGUUAAUUAUUAUAUAGAAUUUAAAGAAUUGCUAACCAAAAAAAAAAUCUUUCAAAGAAAGUUUGAGAUUUUAAUGCUUUCUGAUUGGCUUGAUCAUUUAGUAGCUAUUUGACUAUUAAGGUAACAACAUAGACUUCACAACAGUGUAAAUUUAUAUUUCAGAAAAAUACCAAAUAACUAAGCUAUUUAAAUACACAAGCUGUUAUCAUUUAGCAUGUAAUCAAUAUAAAAAAUUAUCAAGUGUUACAUUUUUUUUUCAGACUUCGAAAUCUGCUAUGUGUUCUAUAUUUAACAGCCCAUCUGUAUUUGGAAUAGCCACAUUGUAAGUGCUUAAGAGUUAGGCGACCACUGGCUACUGUACUGAAUAUGAAUAGUAGGGGUCUGAAUGACUUUACUCUGAGAAUCUUUUUGACUCCUAUCUUUAUCUGUACCUGGAUAUUUCUGAAGACCUUGUAAUUACGUUGUUAAGAUUAUUGGAUCUCUUUCAAAGUUGAUUUAACUAUUAAACGUGCACAAUACUUGUCUUAUGUUAUUAUUAAAAUUGAGUAGUAUCUUAAAACUUUAAAUAUCUUUAAAAGGUUGAGGAUGUCGAGAAUCUCUUUAUGUGCAUUCACAGACAGCACUGGCUUUCAUUAUGAUUAUAGUUUUUUGGUGAGGGCACACAGGCUUUGAUUAACUGGUCAGUCUCAGGAGUCGGUAUGUUUGUAAGCUCUUACCUACUUGUCAGUAUGAACCAUGAGCAGUUCUGAUGAGUAAGUUCUAGUCAGAUUUUUCCCCUGGGGUUGAGUUCUUUGGGGGCAUUUUCAUGAAUGUUAUACCGUCUAGCUAUAGUUGACUUUUUGCCAUGACCAUUAAGCUUGUCCAUAAGACCCUCUGUCACAAAAUGGGAGUACUCUGCAAAAUGCAGCAUGAGAGGCAGCAGUAAGUCAGGUCUGCCAUAUCUUGAGUUAGAUGCAGUUUUGCUUGCCUAGGGAUUCUGUGCUGAAAUGCCAUGGUGAAUGGAGUCAGGUAAGUGGUGGAGUUAGUAUUUAAGGUUGGUCUGCACACUGGGAAAGAGGACAAUAUGCACUUCUGCUUUAGGAUUCCCAAGCAGGGAUUCCUGAGCCAGUGAUUCUUGAUCAAAUUUUUUACUUCAGGUGAAAAGACUGCUCUGGUAUUUUUAAGAAUUCUUCCCAAUUCUGGUUCAUAGAAUAAAACUGCCUGGUUCAGCUAGGCUCUGAUCCUUGAUUUUCACAGCAAAGUUUUAUGGAUUCCUUAAAGUCCUUUGUACCUCCAGAACUUGGCUCUUGACUAAUCCAUACCCUUUGACUUUCAGGCUUCUAUCUCUUCCUUUGGAUUUUAAAAAACUCAACUUUUGACACUCAAAACUGAACAAAAAUGUUUGUAAUAUCCUCAUUGUCUCUUACUCCUGAAGAAGCACUUUUCAUCAAGUCUUAUAGCAAAUUCCCAUAAGCAAUUGGGAACAUAAGAAAUUAAGUACCAGGAAUGAAAAAUAUAGCAGUUAGUAAUUCAAAAUUGCAUUUUUAAAACUCAUCAGUGAUUAGAAAGCACUGAGGCUGAAGUAUAUAAGUAACUGCAGUCUCUCUUUUUCAUUCUUAGCUUUAUGUUGGUUGUCUUCGAAAGUCUUCACACACUGAAGAACAGUGUGUGGCUGUUACUUAAACUAGAAUGCAGGGUUAAUAAAAGUGUUGGUUCAUUUAUUCAGCACAUAUCUAUUAAAUAUUUGAUAAUUGUAAGAUAUUGCAUAUAAAUUGAUGGGGAAAUGAUAGCUAUGAAGUUUAUGGUUCAGUAUUAGUAGCAAAAAGGUUGGUAAUCAGUUAUAAUAGAGCAAACAAGUAAUGUGGGUGUUUGAAAUCCAUAGUUUUUGAAUAAGCAUUUGUGUCAGAUGUCACAAGGAAUAAGGUCAUUACAGUCAUGGGAAAAACCCUUUGUUGGUGAUGUAAUGGUUUCAUGCCUUGUGCCAGGCCACAGCAAAGGUGAGAACAGAUGGAAGUGUCCUAUAAGUUCCAGGAUUGCAGUAGAGCCAGCCAGCCAGAUUUGUUAGUCUCUUUUCAGAAGGCUGUUUCCUCAGUUAGCACAGUGUUAUAUUUCUAACCUUCACUACUUUUUGAAAGCAGCUUUACUUUAAGUUGCAAAUUCUACACAACAAAAGCACCCAUUAUAAAUUUGCUACCUGAUGAUUCUGGACAGAUGUACAUACCUGUAUAACCAUGACCACAACCAAAGUAGAGAACAUUCACAUCACCCUCAAAACUUACCUCAAGUCCCUUUAUAGUGGGUUGCUACCCAUUUACCCUCAAGCCCAGGCAGCCACUAAUAUGUUUUAUGUUCUGUUUAUAGGUGAAAUUUGGUAUUAUUCUAUUUAUCUAAGUCUUAUUUUGCUCAGCGUAAUAUUUGUGGGAAGUAUCCACAUUGUUUGCUCAGUAGUGUUCCAUUGUAUGAAUAAAUAUACCACACUUUGUUAUCUUUCUAUUGGUGGGGGACUGGGCUAUUUUUAGUUUGGGGCUAUUAUGAAUAAAAUGGUUAUAAACAUUUGUA